AUGGAGUCAAAAACUCCAUACACUGAUGCAACAAAUUGCAAAAAGAAAUCAACAAAUGGUCAUAUAAAGAGGCCAAUGAAUUCCUUCAUGAUAUUUGCUCAGAGAGAAAGGUUGAGAAUAUCGACCAUGUCUGAAAAGCCUUUACACAAUGCCGUAAUCAGCAAGAUGUGUGGAGCAAAGUGGAGAUCGAUGACUGCCGAAGAAAAGAAACCCUAUGAAGAUUUAGCGCAGGAUUAUAAGAUGCGCCAUUCUGUGCAAUACCCUUUCUAUGUGUAUAAGCCAAAGAAAAAA